UUCCGUGCAUACGAAACUGUUAUUUCUCCAUGCUUUAAAAGCACUGCACUAUCAAUAACUUCUCACAAUCAAUUCAUUAAAGAUCAUAUUUCCUUCUCUCAUUCAAUUCAUUAAAGAUCAUAUUUCCUUGUCUCAUUCAAUUCAUUAAGAUCAGGCAAUUCGACAGAGCUGAAAUGGAGUCGGUUAGCCGUUCUUCAGAUGGGUCUGAACAUCUUUCAGUAUCAACCCAAGGCUUUAAUCCUCCCUUCGAAAUGGUCCAAACGGGGGACUCCCACAUCAUUGUUGCUUAUGUACCAGGAUUCAGGAAGGAAGACAUAAGGGUGCAGGUCAACAAUGGUGAAACGAUAAAAAUAAGUGGAGAUAAAAUUUUGAGAGAAUUGGUAAUGACAAGACGGUCAUUACAUAUAUUUGAGAGAUCAGUAAGUCGUGGGUUUUCCAGGAGUUUCAGGAUUCCCCACAACGUGAAUAUCAAUGCUAUUGGUGCAAAAUUCCAUGACCAUGUUUUAUAUGUUGUGAUGCCCAAGAAUUCACAGGGAGUUUCAGAUGAUCCAAAUCCAUCACACACAACUUCAAGCCUGAGAGAGAUAGAUCAGCAAGAAGAAGAAGUGCAGCCUGUAAAUGAAUGCUAUUGUUCACCGGACCCGGAUUUUCCCUCACAAAAAGAUGGCGAUGAAAAAAUUGAGGCACAAAGAUCUAUGACAGGAAUGGAGGAGGAAAAAAGUAGCAGACAAGGAAAAUAUUGUUCAGAAGGUGGGGGAGAAGGAGGAGGAGAAGGGUUAAAAAGUGGAUUCGAUUACAGCCGAAUCUUUUCUAAACGAACUACUAUUUUGGUCUCCAUUGGCGUGGCAUCUCUUGCUAUUUUUGCAGCUCAUAAAAUUAUGUCUCGUCGAAAAUAGAUGUCUGUAGUUUUAGGGUUCUAAGAUUUUUUGCCAGCUUACAAGGCUGCUAAUAUUUUCUAAGAAUUACUGUAAAUGCAAGUAAAGCAUAUGAUUCUUUCUACCUCUGGAUAUUUUUUAUUCUUGUAAAGAAAAUUUGGUAUAUUUUGAUGAACACGUACUUCAAUUCUUUA